GCUAUUCCAGUUGGACGAUUAUGACGCGUGCCUGGUUAGGAAUGGAACUUUUUGCCUGGGUUCCUUUCACUUAUCAGCACCAAAUGACAACCAACUUUACAGACUUCUACAGGUCUCAAUAUGGCUUAGAAGCUUCCAUGCUACGCCUGGAUUACUGCAAGGAUGCGCAGACACCCCCGAGCGUACCGCGUGAUGUUGCCGACGAUAUUUUCUUAGCUCUCUGCAUCGCGCUGCUUGCGGCAAAUGUGCUCGGAACGCUGUACGAUAUUUUUAGGGAUAAGACAAACAAAGGCAACCAGCUACUACUAUCGUGGUCUCUUAUUAGCAAUUACAAGAACUUCACUCAUAUUUACCCCAACGAAGACACCAUUGUGUCCCGGUUCAACUCCAUACAUGGUAUAAAAUCAUUUAUCCUGCUAUUAAUAAUGAUGGCUCAUUCGGCAGUAGCGAUACAUAUGGCUUACAUUUACAACCCAAAAGCACAAGAAUCGAUGGGGCGGCAACCAGCAUUAAUGAUUCUGGCGAACGGCAGCCAGGGCGUACAACCAUUCUUCGUGCUCUCCAGUUUUAUCUUCGUCCAUAAUUUCCUACUCUUGGAUGAGCGAUACAAGAAGCGAUCUCCUUUCCUCAUAUUCUUUGUUCUGCUGCUACGACGCAUUGCAAGAAUAUUACCACUAUACAUGUUCAUGGUGGGUUUUACGGCAACGUGGAGCCGUUUCAUAUCGGACGGCACAAUGUGGAUUCCGAUUAUGGAGAAGGAAGCUCAGGUCUGCCGGAUGAAGUGGUGGUCCCACGCGCUCUUCAUACAUAACUUUUACCGCCCUGACGAUCGCUGUCUGAUACAAACGUGGUUCAUUGCAGUAGACAUGCAGCUGUAUGCACUAUCAAUCGUGCUGGCAAUUGCACUGACCCGUUGGACAAAAGUCGUGAUCAAAAUUAUACCAUUAUUUUUUUUGGUCACUAUACUUUGCAACUUCGUCGCUGCGUACACUUUCAAUUUAAAGGCUAGCUUGUAUUUGACUAAUCCUGAAUAUUUGAAGAAACUACAUUAUGGCGUGCCGUCUUUUAAAUGGAUGUAUGCAGCACCGUGGGCCAGCCUUCCCGCUUCUCUACUAGGAGUAGCGACGGCUUACCUGUACUACGAAAUGCGCAAUAAUAAAAUCGACUUAUUCAAGUAUAAGUGGUUCAAAAUAGUAUAUCGAGUGUCAGUGCCGGGUUUUUUUGGAUGGAUCUACGCUGGGUAUUUUCUGCCUGAGGAGCCCAGUCCUUUACUAUCUGCGUUUUACGCAGCAUUCGAUAGACCUAUCAUAUGUAUUAUCUUUUGUAUAGUACUUUUGGGUUUUAUCUACCGCAUUGAUAAUAUCUAUUGGCGCAUGGCGUCUUGGAGUGGUUGGCAGGUUUUAGGUCGCAUGUCACUUUGCAUUCUUAUGGUACACUGGACUUUCAACCUUAUGCAGAUUGCAUUACAAACUAAUGUCAACGAGGUAUCUCUUUUGAGAAAUUUAGGUCACUGGCUCGUGACGGUUUUAAUGACAUAUUUGACGUCUAUACCGCUCCAUUUACUGGUCGAAUUGCCGGUACAAAAAUUUCUACGGGCUUCUCUAGGCAUAUAGAAACACAAAUGAUAGCAAAAUAAUGACAUUUAAUAUUCAAAGUUCAAGAACUUUAACUUUGGGUCAUUCACGUUACAAUUAUGUUACCUUUGGUGUGCGGCGUAGAAGGAGACAUUGCAAAAGCUGCUGCUUUUCUAAUAUAUGCGUACUUUUUGUAUAACUUUAAUUAGCCAUUUAAAUCUUUUUUACGUAGACAGACAUAGUUUUAUAUUAAUUAGUAUAUUAAAUUUUCAUUUGAGGCGCUCAAAUGCCGACAUUUUCCUUUUGCUUAUUUUAUUUAUUAAUUAACAAUUUGUUUUAUUAAUGGUAAUGUAGUAAUAGAUAACAUACAUUAUUAAAAAAACAUCAAGCCUCCUUAUCGCUUCCUUCCAGGCAUCAAUGCAAUAUUUAUUUUAUAACACAAUAAAAAUAAUACAAUUACAAAAGUCACAAUUGAUCAGAUGGAAAGGAUAUGGCUAAGAGUUAUCUAUAAGGCUUUUAAAAGAUAUUACAGAGGUAGCUAAUCAUAUGGUUAUGGGAUAGGGAAGCACAUUUCAUAACUUUAUGACGAAGAUCCUUAAUUGUGAACCAGCUGCCCAAAAAAAUUUCCGAACCAAUUCGACUUAGGUUCCUUCAAAAAAAGAGCGUCACAAUUCUUUAAAGGCCGGCAACGCAUGCCUUCUCGCAAUGUCAGCGUCCAUGGGCGUCUGUAACAUCAAGUGCCCGUUUGCCUCCUGUUACAUU